CCCAGCCCGGCAGGUGGCGGCCUGUCCAAGCGAAUGUAGCCAGAUUAAACGAGCCGAAAUUUGGAUGGAUGCACAGGCUACUGGAAACACGGGGCGUCCGGUGGAUCUGAUCCAAGGGGGGGGCAGGCACGUUACUGGCGUCUGUGGAGGGGAAUCCGCGUCUUAUAGGCGCACUGCAACGCCGUGACGCACUUCACACUCUCCUGCUGCAACACAAUAAAAUAUGAAUCACGAGAUUGCCGACGGUGGGACGCUCCGCUGGGUGCAGAUACCUUCUAAGUGGUGAGGAAGGGGGUGUGGCGGUAACCAUCUCCCGCUCGCCCAAACAACACACGCCCAGGUCUCGUGCGUUUGUGGCGCACAGUCGGGGCUCAGGUCUGAUCAGUGUAGCGCCGUCUGCUCGGACUCUCGCCGCCGGGGGUGCACGGGCCAGCCAGCCAGCCAGCCAGCCAGCCUGCCAGCCCUGGGCUGCCCGCCGUGCUCCGUCCCUCCGCAGGCUCCGGGGCUGCAGAUAAAAGCGCAUUACGCAGAUUCAAAACCUGGGUGCAGAGCGAACUAGUGGCCUCCGGAUGAAGAUGCGAUAACUACGGCAUGUUAGGACCACGAUCCAUGGCUGUGCUGUGUGUGUCUGUGCAGGUUGUGUUGCAGGAGGAGAUUGAAUGCCUCUAAAAUCUCAAGGCUGUGAGCCCUGUGCAGGGUGGUGAUGAGCAGCCAGGGCAACAGCAGCAGUGGAAGUGGCCAGCAUGCUGACACUCCACCCCUUCGUCAUGCCCCUGGACCCAAGCUGCAGGUCCAGCGCUCCCUCUCUCGUGACACCAUCACCAUCCACUUCUCUGCUCUGGGGAAGGAGGAAGAUGAUGAGGAAGAGGAGCUUUACGGGUUACCUGUUGGAGCUAAAUCUGGCCUGGAUGGUGCAGGGGGACUUCACGGUCUAGAAGCUUCGGGGGCUGACGACCGGUCUGUUGCCACGGGCUUGGAGGCAAAGGAAGAGCUGCUGUUUGAAUCCACAGGAGUGGAGGCCUUCUCUGGAGCUGCUGUGCUCCCUGUUUCAUCCACCACCCUGUCUGUGCAACCCUCAGAUCCCCACCCACACACACCCUCUGCAGCCAUGACUAUUAUUCCCACUUCCACCCACUCCCACCUGAGCUCCAGUCCCCUUGCCAGCUCAUCCUGGCCCACUGACCGGCCCACAGCUAAUCCUCCAUCCACAAGCUCCAACUCCUCCUCCCCUUGUAAAUCUGCAGCGCUGUCGUCCUCCAAGCCUUUUCUCAGCCUGGUGAGGUCUUUGUCCAAUGACGUUGAAUCCACACCUGCGCCUACAACGGCCGCACCACCCCAUGCACGCCAUCGACACUUAAUGAAAUCUUUUGUUAAGUCUCUAUCCACGGACACUUCAAAGGCUGAACAUCAGGAAGGGCCUCUUCAUCACUAUCUUUAUCAGCAGCAGCAGCAAAUACAGCCAUCCCAUCGGCCUCCACCUCGCAACAUGCAGCUCUUCAAGCAGUUCUCCCAGCCUCGUUUAUCCUCCAGCCCUGUCAUUGUCACUCAAGUGGGUGGAGACUCCAAAACAGCCCCUUCUUCCCCCAUCAUGUCCCCAGAUGGUAGGUCUUUCUUCAAGGUCCAAGAGGUAGAGGCCAAGAUAGAAGACACUAAGCGACGGCUGUCAGAGGUGAUGUCAGACCCCCUGCAGCUUUUUAGUAAGAUCAUGGGAGAUGAGAGUGGCGUGGCAGCUGGUGGUGCCACUCAUCGCGCCAAAUCACUGUCCUCCAGUGCGUCAGAGCUCAGCGGAGUGACAUCGAUAAACGGACAUGCAGAAGGUAACAACUACAGCAUCAAGGAGGAGGAAGGGGUGGAAGGGGAAGAAGAGGAAAAAACACCAACAGGCAAGGGCUCGGACUCUGUUUUUUUCUCUUUCCCAUCACUGGCACCAGCUCCAGCGGUCGCCCAGGCCUCCUCAUCCACUCUCCACAAGUCUCCUUCUCUCGCUCUGGGUCGCUGCUCUAUGUCAGCCCUGGUAGCUCGACAGGAAGACGAGGACUUCUGUGAACUGUACAGUGAAGACUUUGAGUUAUAUACUGAUACAGAGACACCAGAUGGAGAUCGUCCCAGGUCCCGGCAGCCCCACACUGGUAGCAAUGGUUUGUGUAGUGAACUCGAUAUAGAAGAAGAGGAGAAAGCAGAGGAGGAGGUUGAUACUGUACCUAUGACUGGCCUCAUCUUCUUAACACAGUUGGUGUACUGGUACUUUGUCCUCCCAGUGCCACCCUGUGUAUGUGCAGUGGUGCAUGGGAUAGUAGCUGGGUUCAUGUUGGCCUUGCUGGUCCUUUGGCUGUCCUCUCCUCGAUGCUCCUCAUCAGGCACGAGAAGAGGGAGGGGAAGGAUAGGGCACUGGAAUGUGCCCCAGUUGGAUAUCAAAGAACCAGGAAUAUUCAAGGGCUGGAUGAAUGAGAUCCACAGCUACGACCCAGAGAUGUACCACGCCACCCUGACCCACUCUGUUUACAUCCGUCUAGAGGGCUCCGUCUUGCGUCUGUCCAAGCCCAACCGGAACAUCUCCCGCCGUGCUGCACACAACGAGCCUAAACCUGACGUCACCUAUAUCAGCCAGAAGAUCUACGACCUGACUGACAGCAAGAUAUACCUGAUGCCCCAGAGCUUGGCUAGAAAGAGAGUUUGGAAUAAAAAGUACCCAAUUUGCAUUGAGUUGGCCAAGCAGGAGGACUUCAUGUCCAAGGCCCAGGGAGAGAGGCCUGAAGCUGGUGAGGACAAAUUAACAGGGCUGAGUGAGAAGCUAGAACAAACAGACAAAAGCGAGAAAGCUGAAGGAUUGGCAUCAGCGGAGGAACCCAAAAGACCGACUUCUGGAGGAGGGGAUCUGACAAUCUACCUGUUUGGGAGGACGGGUCGGGAAAAGGAAGAGUGGUUCCGGAGAUUUCUUCUAGCGUCCCGAAUGAAGUCUGAGGGGAGAGGUGGCAGUCUGCCUGGCAUCUACAAGGGUGCCUUCCUGCCCUCCCACAGUCGCAGUAGCAGCACCCAAUCUGGUGGAGGCCUGGAGGCUGACAGCAGGAGCAGCAGUCGGGGAAGCCUGGAGGAGCUCUCGCAGUCUCGUCACAGAGAGGCCUCCUCUGUUCUCUCCUGUGGCUCUACUGGAGGGAAGAAGCAGAAGAUGCUGUUGGACUAUAACAUCUACAUGGCCAAAUAUGUCAACCCACAGGCACCACCGAGAAGCCCAAAUGCCACUGACAGCCCUGGGAACAGCCCUGAGAGCAGCCCCAAAACUAACAAAAAGUUACACAGGAGUUCAGAAGAUACCGCGGAGCCUGAGGCCUGGGUCAAUGCUUUUUUGGGGAGGAUAUUCUGGGACUUCCUGGGAGAGAAGUACUGGGCCAAUGUAGUCUCCAAAAAGAUCCAAAUGAAGCUCAGUAAAAUCAGGCUGCCAUAUGUUAUGAAUGAGCUGACUUUGACAGAGCUAGACAUGGGCUUUUCCAUCCCUAAGAUCCUUCAUGCUUCCAAACCCUCUGUGGACCACCAAGGUCUGUGGUUUGAUCUGGAGAUCUCAUACACGGGCUCCUUCCUCAUGACACUAGAGACCAAGAUGAACCUGGCCCGUCUCGGGAAGGAGGGCGAAGGGCUUGGGGAGCAUGGGAAAGAAUGGCCCAGGACACGGACAUACUGUCUGGCGGACAGUGAUGAGGAGUCGUCUAGCGCUGGCUCGUCGGAUGAGGAAGAUCCCCCAGAACUCUUCAGUGACAAACCUGUUCUUCCCGGAGGCGAGGGCUAUGUGGGAGGCCACAGGCCCAGCAAGAUCAUGCGCUUUGUGGACAAGAUAGCCAAGUCGAAGUACUUCCAGAAAGCCACAGAGACGGAGUUCAUUAAGAAGAAGAUGGAGGAGGUGUCCAACACACCCCUGCUGCUCACCGUGGAGGUGCAAGAGUGCCGCGGGACACUUGCUGUCAACAUCCCACCUCCCCCCACGGACAGGAUAUGGUAUGGUUUCCGGAGUCCGCCUCACCUGGAGCUGAAAGCACGGCCUAAACUGGGGGAGAGGGAGGUCACUCUAGUUCACGUGACUGACUGGAUUGAGAAGAAACUGGACCAGGAGUUUCAGAAAAUAUUUGUAAUGCCAAACAUGGAUGACGUAUGGCUACCCCUAAUGCACUCUGCCAUGGACACACGUUCAAAUGCCAACUUGGUUACUGUGACAAAUGAUGCCUUGAAGGACCCAGAACCCGAGGAGUCUGAGGUCUCUGACAUGUGAGGACUGCUAGACUGUUAGAGCGUACACCGAUGGACAUUUUAUCACCGUGGCAAUAUGACAAGUCCCCGCCCCGCUCAGAAACCACGGGUGCAGCAAUGGGCCAGGCAAACUCUCCAAAAAUUUUUACCCAUAUCCCAGUCCCACUGUCGCACCCGUCUGUGGCCAUUUAUCAUGUGUUCUCGCACAACUGGAAGUGCUGGUGAUUUCCUAAUCACUUCUUGCCACUAAAAGCAGGAGAACGAAAGAGAAUUGUGACUCAUAGAUUGUCAUCCAAUCACACAGUCUUAUCUGUGUGGCUACAAUUAUUAUGAUUACUUCACUGAUAAAAUACAAUACAUGGGGCAUGUUGAGACUGUGUGUGUGGUGGUGGAUUGACAAAUAGCCAUCUGAUUCAACAAGAAGAACCAUAAUACCUGUGAUGUACAGCUGCACCAAACAUGAUAGUUGUACAGUGUAAACUUUUUGUGCGACCUUUCUAAGCGACCGGUUUAUGUUGCUCUAACUCUACGAGAACUUUGAGGCUACGGAUGCCGAGUGUGUAGGUCUGAGUGAGGGAAUAAUCCUAAAAUUAGGAGAUGACUUUGCUGAAAGCCCCCCGCGUCUAUUAAUACAUGUUUCACAGGGAUAUCAAGACUCAUUCAUCACCGCAUUGCUGCCUGUGCCAGCCGCCUGGCACUUAUAUGCAAACAGAUCAAUGGCGCUGUGUCCAUCGAAGAUAAUAAGUCAGUUUAAAUCCACUCCGGACACUAUCAUAGCGGCAAGCCUGUGUGCUUUUUACUGUGUGGUAGGGAUUAGAGCUAAAACUGACUUUAGAGGGGUGAAUUCAAAUAUAUCAACAAACACAGCAGCUGAACAUUGCCUAGGUCUGAUGAAUGUAUAAAUAGGAGUGCACCUCCCUAUAGCUCAUUCAAGGAAUAGCUCAUUCACUGACAACAUGCUUCUACGCAAUGCGCUUCGAGACUUCUUUUCACAUUAUAUUCAUAGUUGAGCAAAAGUAAUAACUUUGUUUUUCUUGCCAAAGCAAUCUUUCAUUUCAGUUUGAAAGGCACACUGGGAGGUAAGCAGUGACAAAUAAGCAAUCGGAUAGUUAACCUGUGUUCGCACUGAGGCCGCUCCAGUGAUGUACAGUUGAAGUUUGGAUGAUUGUUGAUGGAAUUUCAUAAAACAGAGAAUGAAUCUGAGGGGAAUGGUUUUUUUUGAGGGGGUUGCAGGAGAUGGACAUGUGUACACGGUAACACAUACGUUUUUAAGUGAAAAGAGCUGUUUUAUUUGAAUAAACAACAUACUGGAUAUUAGCCAUAUUAUUUAAUGUUGUCAGACAUCCAGCUAAUGAAUGCUUGUUUUUCUGUUGAAUUAUUUGAUUUGCUGUUCUUUCUGUACUGCACAUUAAAAAGGAAUAACACCAUUAAACUAGAACAGCAAAUUUGUAAUCUGCCAAGACACCCGGCUGCUUUACAGGUGACUUUUACUUUUCAUGUUUUAUGUUAAAAUGUGUGUUGGCAAAGUGUAUGAGGCAGAAAGUGCCUUUAAAAUAAACAUUCCUCCAUUUUUUUGCAUCAGCUGAGGAUAGAGAAAAAAAAAAAAAGUAUGCACCAUUACUUGAGUCUGUUAAGACAUGACCUUUGUUUUCACAGGUUUCGGUGUUGUUCAGUUUUCACAGUGAUGGGAAUAUCAAACAUUGCUGUUGUGUUCAGUGAUGUCACAGAAUGUUAUGGUUCUGAUCGUUGUGGAUCAAUAAAACCUUUUGCUUG